ACAGCGAAGAACGCCGUCAUUCCAUCAAGUUGACGCCUUCUUUCAUAGUUAUCUAGCCACCGUAACGCUUGCUGCCUCAGGGUUUGCUCAGUCAUUUGGAGUUUAAUCGUUGGAAAAUUUUUCUGUGUUUUAUUGGAAGAGAAUUACAGAUGUCGCGAGCGAGUGUUCUUCUGUUCGCCUGUUUGGCGUCUUUUUGCAGUCUAACAAUGGCUGAUGUAAGUCUUUCAAAAUCACUCAUUACACCCUCACCUGGAAAGACAAACAGUGUUACGUGCACUGUGACUGGUGAGACAUUUAUAGGAUGGUACAAACCAGAUGGAACUAAAGUACUCACAUCAUCCAGUGAAAAAAUUUAUGUAGAAACUACCGGAACUAAAUACACGCUUAAAAUCACUGCUGUAAAAGUCUCUUAUGGGGGAACUUAUACUUGCCGAGGAUCCUCAAACUCAAAAUCUUUGAGAGUGCAUGUUGAGUUUGACACGUCAGAUGUUGUUCAUGUGCAGCACAUCGUGAUAGGAAAAGAAGGCACCAUAAGACUUGGGGUUGAUGGCUUUCCCACACCAAAAUAUACCUGGAAGAAAGGGUCAAGAGUGCUUGGGCCAAAUGUUGACUCUCGUUACUCAGUUCUUGCUGAUGGCUCAUUAAAAAUAAGUAAAGUGGAAAAGUCUGACAGGGGAAAUUAUACCUGUGGUAUUGAGCAGGAUGGUGCGGAGGAGGAUGUGAAGAUUGAGGUGUAUGCAGUAGAACUUCCAAAAAUCAAGCCAUUCGCUCAAACAAGGAGGUUCUUAACAGAGGGUUACCCUGCCACCUUCUUGUGUGAGGCCACAGGCUUCCCUCUUCCCAAGUACAAGUGGUUCUCCCCAACAGGUGGUGAGCUGAGGAAAUAUGGCAACAUCAAUAUUCAAGAUGGUAAUCUGACCUUCACAAAAGUCGACAAUGCUUUCGAAAGAGGCAAUUAUAAGUGUGAGGCCUACAUCGAGAUUGAGGAAACCAAAAAGCAAGUUGGACCAGCGGAAGCUUUUGUUAAAGUGGUUGAAGUUUAUGUUGCACCCGACAUUAAUCCCACACAAGGUGUUACAGAGGAUGUGAAGAUGAAUGGUGAUUACAAAUUAAUUUGCAAAGCCACUGGAAAUCCCACUCCAAAUGUGAGAUGGACCAGGAAUGGAGAGAAAGACCCUCGUCAACAGCAAACUGCUGGUCAAAGUAUGAUUGAGUUCAAAGAAAUUCAAAUGGGUGAUGGUGGAGUUUACACAUGUGAAGCAUGGAACAAUGCUCAGGACCGCGAUGGAAAUCUAAUUAUCAAAAAACUGAACAAAACAAUAAAUGUUGAAUCUAAACCUAUUUAUGAUGAGAUGGCCUCACCUAGCCCUGUGUUCUCUUAUGUGGGGAACAGUGAUCCAACGUACAUACGCUGCGUGUAUGAUGGGUAUCCUAAACCCUGGGUAAGAAUGACCUUUGGUGGAAAGUUGAAGUCCAAUGGCACUGGCAAAGCAGAGUUCAAGAUUAUUACAAAUGCAAUCAAGUACUUUGGUGAUUACAAGUGUUCUGCAAAAAAUAAGUUUGGAUGGACCAAUAAAACUGUGAAACUGGAAACAGCAAAAAAGCCAGGUCAGAUUCAAAAUCUUAAACUCACUUCAACCUGUAACAGUAUCAAACUUACUUGGACUCCACCCAGUGAAAAUGGUGGUAUGCCCGUCAACAAAUAUGUUUUGAAUUACAAAAGCACAACACGUAACAUUGAUAGUGAUUCUACAACAUAUACUAUCAAAAACCUUGAAAGAAACACUGCUUACAAAAUUGAUGUGAGAGCUACCAACAAGGCUGAUUGGGGAGACACAAGUAGCGUGGAAACAAAGACUACCCAAUUCUGCGCUCCUGGUCGACCAAUCAUCUACUCGCCCAAGAACACUCUCCUAACUAAGGACAAGUUCACAUUAAAGUGGCGGCAGCCAGAGGACGACGGGGGCGACGGAAACAUUAGAUAUAAACUGCAGUACCGUGUUGAGAGGAAGGGAAGCGAUGGACCCUGGAAAACGAUCGAAACCGACAAGGAAGAGGCGGAAAUCAGCCAACUGGAUAACAAAGAGAAAUACAAAUUCGUUCUGAUUGCCAUAAAUAAAGGGGGUGAGAGCGAGAAGGUGGAGACGUACUUCGAUACAAACUAUCCUGGAGCGAGAUCUUCACAAUCACGCCUCGUGUCCAGAGCGUUUCUUUCAAUCUUUCUGGGAGGGAUUUAUCUUUUUCUCUGACAUCUGUAACGCCGACAAGUGAUGGUUCAACGGAAGAAACAUUCCGCAAGAGGACUUUGUAAAGACAGUAGAAAUUUUGUAGCACGUUGGUUAAUAAUCGAUUGUAAUGAUUUAUACAGCAACCAUCAUACUCGAACCGAGUUGUCUAGGUUCACAAGUAAAGAGUGCGAUCGUGAGCCUGGACCUGUCUUUCUUUGGUCGGUGAGAUUUUUAGAAAACCCAGGCAUUGAGUGAAGGGGGUAAGGUUCUAUAGAAACUGCGGUGCUGCGUCGGAAGGUGUACUCUAAGAUUGUUUGGUUUAAUCCGCUUAAGUGAUAAUGUACAUUGGCCACCCUCUACGGCGGCCAAUGUACAUUAUCAACCCAGUCAUUGGCUUACUAGGCAGCCUAGCGUGUGAACUUCGAAAGAUGGCUCUAGAAUUCUGCUUGGGAUUCUGUCACAAUACUGUGCUUGCGCCUCUGCAAUGACGUAAUAUCUUUUGGAGCGAAAGUGUAAUCGAGGCUCGUGCUGAAUGAUUUGUGCGUGAUAACGCGAGUUCUUAAGUCUUAGCCUAGUUUCCCACCCAUUUAGGGUUGAGAGGCGUUUUUGAAACGGUUUACUUGGUUGUGUCGAGGGAGUACUUUGUAAUUUUUAUAAUGAAGACAAUUAUCCAAGCAUGACUUGAGCAGCGCCUUUGUCCAUUGGCUACCUGCGUUACUCGCCAAAUCACGCUCAAAUGAUCCCUCUUUCUUGUACACGAGGCAUUUCUUCUUUACCCUCUCUUACAAGCUCGAGUCUUUGUGUUUAUAUUUACGCACGCAUUAAGGAAAAAAAAAACAGGAAGGUAAUGACAAUAACCAUUCUUAGACGAUAUUGGAAUGGUUUGUAAAGAAGAAUUAGAUUUGUCUUAAUAAUAGGCCUCGCAUUUCAGUCUUCAGCUCCAUAGAAUUUCUGCAUACAGUUAGAUUAGAUGAAUUGUACGUAUUUUAUAUGACAAAAUGUAGGUAAAAUUGGUAAAAAAAAAUAGUUAAUUUAAUGUUUGCGCAGUAUGUAGUGAUAAUAGAUUGUUGAGGGCUUUUAGAUUAAUUUUCUCGUUUCGUAAUUUUUUCUUUUUUAAUUAUACUUUUUUUGGUUUUACGACAAGAAUUCGAUGUGAACCCGCUCUUUUCUCUCUUCUUUUUGUACAAUGUUCUUUGAGACGUGCGCCAACAAGCGUCUUCUUAACUUUUGUCACUCAAUAUAUCAAUGUCCCGUUAGGACACGCGACAAAAAGCAAAAAAAACGCCAUGAAACUUUCGCUUUUAAACUAUCUUUUUUUAUCCAACAGGGCCCAAUUGUUCAAAGGGUGGAUAGGUAGGUACUUGGUGAAAUCCUUAAUGUAUGUAUCAAUACAUAAGAACAUGUGGGAAUACAUGGUCAUUUGCAUACAGAUACAUACAUUAAGGAUUUCACCACGUACCUACCGGUGGGUAACGCUAUCCGCUGGACCAAUCGCAGUCCGCUGAAUAGCACAGCACAUUUUGUGAACACUUAUCAGCUGGAGGGCAGGUUCAUCGGUUUAUAGCAUUAUCAGCCCUUUAUACAACUGGACUUACGAGUAAAACGCUGCUUUAACUUUUUUUUCUAAUGUCAUGUAUAAAAUACAAUGCAGUACGUAAUUAACUUCCACGGUUGAGGAGAAAUAAAAUAAAAUUGUUAAAAAUUUCGCCA